AUGAAAGGAACGGAAGAGGAAAAAAUCAAAAAGAUGAUGGAGAUGUCAACGGCGGAUUAUGCACCGUCAAAGUGGCUGAAGGUACCAUUUAAACAAACUGGACCGGUGCCUGCCUUUUACGUCUGCCACCGUUGCCAUAAGCCUGGUCAUUGGGUGUACGGGAAGCCAGCUUCGAUAAAAAAGGCUAGAGGGAUCCCCAAGACGAUGAUGGCAGAAGUCGAGGGCCCUGAAGUUCCAGGAGCCAUGCUGGCUGCAACGGGGAAUUAUUAUGGGAACCCUACAUAUCAGCCAUAUCUUGGAAGGGAACCAUCUUACCAGGAGGUAGAUGGUUAUCCAGGAUACAACGGCUACAACGACUACAGCUACCAACAACAAACGCAGGUAAUUGAAGAUCCUCUUGAUGAAUUCGAGAGGUAUCUUCAAAAGAAGGAUGCUGAGAAGAGAAACCAGAGACAUAGGACUAAAGGCUCCAGGUCCUUUGAGGGAUACAGAAGAUCACCCUCACCUUCGAGGAAACGAAGAAGAUAUUGUCAAUUUUGUAAAUAA